AUGGAAUGGGAAAACCUGACCAGCGUCUCAGAAUUUUUCCUCCUGGGGCUCUCCGAACAGCCAGAGCAGCAGGAGGUCCUCUUUGGGUUGUUCCUGUCCAUGUACCUGGUCACCGUGAUGGGAAACUUCCUCAUCAUUCUGGCCAUCAUCACUGAUGCUCAACUCCACACCCCUAUGUACUUCUUCUUGGCCAACCUUUCCCUCGCUGACAGCUGCUUUGUGUCCACCACAGUCCCCAAGAUGCUGGCAAACAUAUGGACCCAGAAUCAGGUUAUCUCAUAUGCAGGGUGUCUAUCACAACUGUAUUUUUUCAUGCUGUUUGUGAUGCUGGAGGCAUGCCUCUUGGUUGUCAUGGCCUACGACCGCUAUGUGGCCAUAUGCCACCCACUCCAUUACAUCGUGGUCAUGAGACCUGAGCUCUGUGUCCUCCUGGUGUCUGCAUCCUGGAUCAUGAAUGCCCUCCACUCUCUCCUACACACAUUCCUAAUGAACAGCCUAUCCUUCUGUGCAAACCACGAGAUCCCACACUUCUUCUGUGACAUCAACCCCUUUCUGAGUCUGUCCUGCACAGACCCCUUCAUCAAUGAGCUGGUGAUCUUCACCAUUGGGGGUCUUGUGGGCCUGGUUUGUGUGCUUUGCCUGACUAUCUCUUAUGCAUACAUUUUCUCAACCAUCCUGAAGAUCCCUUCAGUUCAGGGAAAGCGAAAAGCCUUUUCCACCUGCAGCUCUCAUCUCUCUGUGGUCUCUCUAUUCUUUGGAACUUCCUUUUGUGUUUAUUUCAGUCCACCUUCAACCCGCUCAGCAGAGACGGACACAGUUGCAUCAGUGAUGUACACAGUAGUAACCCCCAUGCUAAAUCCCUUUAUCUAUAGUUUGCGGAACAGAGACAUCAAGUCUUCCCUGAGAAAGCUAAUUCGGGGAAAGAUAACUUUCCCCACCAUCACAGUCACCUUGGUGACUUGGAUCCCCACCCAUAGUGUUUUUGACACUGGACUCCCCAUGUCUGUAAAGCCCCCAAGCUGA